GCCGCUCCCGGCCGCGGCCAUGCCCAAGCGGGGCUGCCCCUUCGCGGACGCGGCCCCGCUGCAGCUCAAGGUCCGCGUGGGCCAGAGGGAGCUGAGCCGCGGCGUGUGCGCCGAGCGGUACUCACGAGAGAUCUUCGAGAAGACCAAGCAACUCCUUUUUCGAGGGGCCCAGGCCUACAUGGACCACGUGUGGGAGGAAGGCUGUGCCAUUGUUGACCUGCCGGAGUCCCCAAAGCCCAGCCCCACGGAGGCCUCUCGGGCUGCACGUGGGCAGAUGCUAAUCGGAGCGGACGGCCGACUGACCAGAAGCCGAGCCCAGGCCUCUGAAGCUGACGCGUCCGGGACGGCGUCCGGAGCCUGCUCCUCGUGCGUGCGAGCCGUGGAUGGGAAGGCAGCGUGUGGCCAGUGUGAGCGUGCCCUGUGCGGGCUGUGCGUGCGCACCUGCUGCGGCUGUGGGGCUGUGGUCUGCGCGCUGUGCGCCCUCGUGGACUGCAGUGACGUCCACGAGAAGGUGCUCUGUGCCAGCUGUGCCAUGUUUGAAGCCUGAGGGCCGUGCAUGGACAGCAGCCCUGCCUGGACGGCUGCACCGGUGUCAACCUGGAGAAGCGGGGCAGGCGGGCGGGGCGGCCUUGCAUUUUAUAUUUUGUACUCCUGAGGAUAGAGAUGAAUAAACCCCUUUAUAUUUGGACA